AUGGCACCAUCCUCAAUCAUCAUCAUCGGCUCCGGCGUCUUCGGGCUCUCGACCGCCCACGAACUCUCCCAGCGCGCCACCUUCUCCAGCACGCACAUCACACUACUCGACGCCCACCCCUUCCCCACCCCCCACGGCUCCUCCAUCGACUCAUCGCGCAUCAUCCGCUCCGACUACAGCGACCCGCUGUACGCCGCGCUCGCCGCCGAGGCGCAGGCCCACUGGCGCGCCGACCUCGGCGCCGGCGGCGUCUACACCGAGAGCGGGCUUGUGCUCGUGGGCGACGACUCGGACUACGUCGCAAAGAGCAUGCGCAACGUGGUGGCGCUGUUUGGGGCGGGCAAGAUACGGCCGCUGACGGAUACCGCGGCGAUCCGUGAGGCGUGUGGCACGGGAGGGAGCACGGGGGAGAGCGGGUAUGUGAAUAGGGUGUCGGGGUGGGCGGACGCAGAGGCGGGGAUGCGGUAUCUGCGUGCGCAGGUGGAGCGCAGCGGGCGGGUUGAGUUUGUGGUCGGGGAGGUGGUGGGGCUGCUUGGUGGGGGCGUGGUGGAGGGGGUGGUGCUGAAGGAUGGGAGGGUGCUGAAGGCGGAGCUGACGGUGUUGGCGGCGGGCGCGUGGUCGCCGGGGUUGGUGGAUCUGGGGGGGAGGGCCGUGCCGACGGGGCAGGUCGUGGGCUAUGUUGACCUCACAGAGGAGGAGCAGAGGCGCUAUGAGAACAUGCCCGUGAUACUGAACUUCACCACGGGCCUAUUCGUGCUCCCCCCGCGCGGGCGGGUGCUGAAAGUCGCGUGCCACGCCCUCGGCUACACGAGUGCCAGCGGCCCCGUCACGGGCCGCGGAAUCCCGAAGGACGGGGAGGACGAGCUGCGGUCGGCGGUGGCGGAGAUGGUGCCGGGGCUUGCGGGGCGGGCGUUGGCGCGGACGAGGCUGUGCUGGUAUACGGAUACGCCGACGGGCGACUUUUUGGUGUGCCAUCAUCCGGAGCGGAGGGGGCUGUUUUUGUGUACGGGGGGAAGCGGGCAUGCGUAUAAGUUCUUGCCCGUGCUGGGGAGGGAGGUGGUGGAUGUGUUGGAGGGGGUGGAGGGCGCGAGGUUUGAGGCGAGGUGGGGGUGGAGGGAGAGGGUGUGGGAGGUGGUGACGGGGGAUGGGAGUAGGGGCGGGGCGGGGCAGGUGGCGUUGGAGGAGGCGUGGGGUGGGGCGAGUGAUGGCGUGUGA